AACAGUGAAGCCAAGCGUAGUCUGGAGCGUAUCAAUGAGCGUUUGCGUAAAAACGUAAAAUCUACAAAUGGUCCCAACUUUAGUCCUCUUAGUACAAAUUUGGUGGAUAUUUUACCCAUCGAUAAGCCAGCCUAUAAACGUUCAACAAAACCUAUGAGUCGCAUAGCUAUAGCUGAUAUUGUGGGUCCUAAAGAUAGUAAAAAUUAUGAAAAUUUAAAAAUAUCCGAUGAAGAUAUUGAUAAAUUAUUUAAUAGUAACUGUGGUCAUUUUGAAGAAAUCAAAGCGCCCCUUAAAAAGGAAACAAAUGUGCAAAAAACUACAAAUGUACCUAAACCUCUGAGUGUAGAAAAGCAGGAUAUUGCUGCCAAAGUAGAGAAAGAAAAAACUGUAACUACAAACAGCUUAACUAAACAAGAAGAUUGCAAUAAAAUUAUGAUAGAAGAAAUUGACAGUAAACAUGAGCGUCCUCUACCGCCUGCCCCUAGCUCGACGGCUCAAUUUUAUUCCAACUGGAAGGAAUUAACAGCUCAACAAAAAUAUCUAUAUUUAAAGAGUAUUCCAGUUACUCACUUAUGCAAAAUAUUGGGCGCUGGUUUUGAUUCGGAUACUUUAACCGAUAUCAUUCGCACAUUGCAUGAUUUUUAUUUACCGAAAAAGGAUGACAAAACUUCGGCCACUUUGUUGGAAGUUAGCAAAAAUAAACAGGUUUCCAUAUUGUCCCUCUUAAUGUCCAAUGAGGAUCGUAAAGGUUUAUCCGAAAUUAUUAAAUCUCUAAAGGAAACCAACUCUCUAGAUAAUGCCUCUGCUGAACAAAUUAAAAAGAAUUUUAAUUUAAAUUAAUCUUAAAUAUUCAAUAAUGUUUGUGUUUCGUUUUUCUCUUUUUUAUUCUGCUUUAUUUACAAAAUGUCUACAUAUUUUGUUUUGUUCAUCUAAUGAAAGGAGUUUUAAUUAAAAAAAAAAAAUACAAAAUG